AUGGUUCAAUCACUCCCCAUUGCACUUACAGCGGCCUCGCUGUUUCUCCUUCCGCCGGCCCUUGCUGAUGGCUUGUAUACCAAGUCGUCUCCUGUUCUUCAAGUUUCUGGUAGUAACUACGACAGCUUGAUUGCUAAGUCGAACCACACAUCGAUUGUCGAAUUUUAUGCUCCUUGGUGUGGCCACUGCAAGAACCUCCAACCAGCCUUCGAAAAGGCAGCCAGAUCUCUUACUGGCCUGGCAAAAGUCGCAGCCGUCAAUUGCGAUGAAGAGUCCAACAAGCCUUUCUGUGGCUCGAUGGGCGUUCAAGGCUUCCCUACGCUGAAAAUCGUCAAACCAGGCAAAAAGCCCGGCAAGCCCAUUGUGGAGGACUAUCAAGGCCAGCGAACUGCAAAGGGCAUUGUGGACGCUGUGAUCGACAAGAUCCCAAACCAUGUCAAACGACUGAAGGAUGCAGACUACCAGGAUUGGCUCGAGGAGAGUGAUGCACCAAAAGCGAUCCUCUUCUCGGACAAAGGAAGCACAAGUGCGUUGCUGAAGGCAGUUGCGAUCGACUUCUUAGGAUCCAUCGGAGUAGCACAGAUCAGGAACUUGGAGAAAGAGGCCACGCAGGUGUUUCACGUUGAGAAGUAUCCUACUCUGGUUCUUCUUCCUGGCGACGGCAAGGACCCGGUCACUUACGACGGAGAGUUGAAGAAGGACAAGAUUGUCAAGUUCCUCUCACAGGCCGCUUCCCCAAACCCGGACCCUGCGCCUAAGAAGGCGAAGAGUAGCUCGAAGACGGACAAGAGUAGAGCUUCGAAGGCAUCGUCUUCAUUUGCCGACGCAUCCAAAUCUCAUGCUUCAUCAGAGGCAAAGACAGACAAGGCGUCACAAACAAUGGAGAGCAUGGAAGACGAUAGCCAGCCGACUGAGUCACCAGACCCCAACGUUGUGCGGGAAGAUACGCAGAAGCCGAUCAAAGUGCCUGACGUUGCCCCUCCGAUCUCAGCUCUGGACGACAGUCUGUCUCUCCAACAGAAAUGCCUGAACACGAAAGCAGGGACCUGUAUCCUCGCCCUUCUUCCACCCGUCGAAGGAGAAUCAGCCUCGCCAGAAACACUUCAAGCUGUAUCAAGCCUCAGCGAGAUCCACCACAAACAUGAAACAGCAAAGCGCAACCUCUUUCCCUUUUACCAACUACCGGCCUCGAACACCGAGGCAGACUCGCUCAGAAAACAGCUCUCCCUCGGAAACGGCGUAGAACUCAUCGCCAUCAACGGCAAAAGAGCCUGGUAUCGCUACUACCCCAAAACCACCUUCACCCAACCCGAAAUCGAAGACUGGAUCGACGCCAUCCGUAUGGGCGACAGCCCCAAGUCCAAACUCCCUGACGACCUCAUCGCAGAUGCUGAGACCUUGCCAGCUGAGCCGACGUACGUCAAGCUGCCGAAGGACUAUCAGAGUAACCCGGAAGCUAUGAGGGAGGCGCUCAAGGGGCAGAUGCCGGAGGGUGUGGAGUUUGAGUUUGAGGAGAUGGACGAUAGUGAGUAUGAUCGAGUGAUCAAGCAGGCGAAGGAGGAUGCGGCGAAGAGGGAGGCAAAGGAGAAGGCGGAGGCGAGUGUGGUGACGGAGGAGGAGGGAAGGGGGAGUGAUGAGCCUAUUGAGCAUGUUGAGCUGUGA